AUGGGUCGUCGAGAUUGCCAACGAAACGAAUUUUCUCCAAAGUACGAAGUCCCGCAAGCGAUCCCAACGCCACCCCUUUUAAAUGUAAGUGCGGCCGGCGACGAUUUGAAUCACGGCUUCGGACAAAUGUACAAAUGGAGAAACCUGCAAGAAGGCUUCCAAGAGGCUAAAGUCAGCAGAAAACCAAUAUUUCUUCUCAUUCACAAACCAGGUUGUCCUACUUGUGAGAAAUUGAAGCCCAAAUUCGCGAAUGCCAUCAGAAUCCUUGAUCUCAGCCAACACUUUGUCAUGGUGAAUAUAAAAAAAGAUGAGAUUCCCGCACAAGAUGAAGCCAAGUACCAACCCGACGGAACUUACGUUCCGCGAAUUCUCUUUUUUACGCCAGACGGCGAGUUUAUGGAAGAUGUUUAUAAUUAUCAUCCAAAAGCCAACAAUGAGUAUAAAUAUUUUUAUAGCAGCACGUGUCAAAUAAUAGAUAGCAUGGUUUUGGCAUUGGAGCGUUUCAAACAAUAG